AUGGUCAUCAUGCCUCCAAAGAACAUCAGCACCGGCGCAUACUGGAAAGAAGACCCUACCGACGCGCCACACAGAGACGUGGAAACGGAUUUCGAAACAGGCGAGUCUUCCGAAUCCGAACCCCCUACCAGUCACAAGAAAUUCACCACUUCCGAUAAUCUAGAAGAUAAUCUUGUCACAGUAAGUCACGAUAGUACGCCCAGCUCUACCGCCAGCGAUGUUGCACUGAAGGCUCCUUUUGAAGAUACCAUGGAAGCGCAAAAUCUUGACCGUCAAGGACGGGAACAAGGUCUAAGUAACCAAGAAAAAAAGGAAAGACCGGUAAAUAUGCUGGGCAACGGUACUAGCGAUGGAGAUGCGAAGGAGACAAGCAAGGAUAAUGAGGAUGAUGGUGAGAACCGAAGUGAGGGAAAAGGCAAGGGCAAGAAGGUUUAG